UUAUAAAAGUAAAUAAAUAAAGGUAAACGAUAACAUUUUCAAUCAUAAUUUAAAAAUCGCUAUAGGUACAUAUAACUGUGUUAUAAUAUGCCGUAUUAUGUGCUAUAAGAAUAAUAUUUAUCGUAAGAAUAUAUGUAUACCUAUGUGUAUACCUAUGAUUGUAUGUUAUGUAUAAUGUUGUGAAUAUUGAUUUCGGCUGAAAGAAAAAUACGUUUCCAUCAGAUAAUGAAAUAUUGACAUUUGACAGGACUAAAAUUGUAUUGCUUAAUAUAUUAUAUUGCAUUAAAAUCGUAUAUCAUUCUUAUAACAUUCAGUUUGUAUACAUUCAGUAUAAGAUAUCUGAUUGUAACAGUUUUAACACGGCUCAAAUUUUGCUGGUGAGUCGACAGUUCAUAUAUUUUUUUUAUACGUUCGAUAACUCGAUUUGUGAGUGUUGAUUACGCGCGCCGAAAUAUAUAUAAAACAUAAAAGGCUCUCGUUAAGGGUGUUUGGAAAAAAUAAAGAAAAAAUAAAACCGUACGCGUUUUACGCUGUAAGUUCGCCGUUGCCGUGUACUAUAUAUAACUUGCACACACACUCGCAUACAUUCUAUAAAUAUACCUAUAUAUGUGCCAAUCAAAUAAAUCGUUAAGUCGUCGGGUUCGUCAGUUUCCAACGAUGGCGGUUUGGCCGAUAUACGGACGAGCGAAGUCGCCGGGUCGUUUGACACAAUUAUUUAGGUUAAGACCGGCGUUUCGUCUCUAUAUAAAUAUUAUAAUACGAGCUCUCUCUCUCGCUCUCUUUUAAGCGUAUAUAAUAAUAAUAAAUUAUUAUAUGUGCGAUCUAUUCAUUAAUAAUAAUACAAAUUAUAUACGAAGAUGAAAUAGUAUACACGAUCGAUUGAACGUCCGACGCCGUUAAUUGGGGCCACUCGAUUUGGGUCUUCGCACGUCGUGUUUACAUCUCGAUAUAAUAAACAACUUCGAUUGUACUAUUUCGUGCUCCGAACAAGUAGGCAUAUUAUUUUAUUCCCUCGUCCAUCGGAGGCUUAUUACAAAUAUACCUUCACGAUUAUAUACGGCGUGUGUGUGCAGCGUGAAAUGGGUUAUGAUCCUUAUAAUAUAUACGUAUAUAGUAUAUAAUAUAGAUAUACGCCUUAUAAUAUUAUAUAGGUACAGACACGCCCAUCUCCGACUCGGCUAAACGAUAUAAUAAUAUUAUUAUUAUAAUAUUAUGUAAUAUGCAUAAAACGCGCGCGCAUAAACGUAGAAAAUAUCAAUGAAAUGAUAAAUUAUUAACUCUCGAUUUAUUAUGGGCCGCGGAUACGAGUGGUUCUCGUUAAAAAAAAAAAAAAAUUAAAAUAUAAUAUGUACACGCAGUUACUCGCCGGUUACUAUAUUAUAAUAUUAUAUACCUAGGUACAUAAUAUAUUAUACGAUAAAAUGUGUUUGUAUAUUAUUAUGUGCGGUGGAAGAUAAAAAAAAAAACGUAUUUAUUAAUGGUAACGUAAACGUCGUAUUGUACGCUCACUGCAGUGGGUCGAAUGCGCGUGCGUGCGUAGUCAUCGUAUGUGUCGUGUAUGAGAGUAUACGUUGCGCGCGUGUGGGAAGUCGUCCUGGCCCACUGGUUCUCUCAAUGAACUUUAUUGACGGCGGCUCGGCCAUUCGUGUCGGGUACGCGUCAAUGAACGUACCGCAGUCACAGUCGUCGUCGUCGUCGUCGUCUUCGCAGUCGGUGGUUUUUUCGUUUCGCGGACGCGUAUAGUGCGUAUAAUAUUUUUGUACAAAACGCUUUUCGACGACGACUUUAACACUAUAUAAACAGUAAAAACAGUGCGCGUACAAUAAAAGUUAUUAUCGCUGUUCGCCGCGUUCGACAUGAUAACCAAGAACGGAGUAGGAGGAGGAGCACGUCGCCCGCUGAAGAGCGGCGGCAGCAGAGGAGGCCAUCCGAGACCCGUCAGCAGCGGUCUAAGUUUCAGCGUGCUAGAUUUGGCCGCUAUACGGAAGCUGUUGGAAGAAGGCGAUGGCGACGAAACGUGCCCCAGCUGCGGCAUGCCUUUCGACAAGGGCAAGAAGAGAAAGCUCAUCGACUCUUGCGGACACGAACGAUGUUACGCGUGCAUGUUCCGUAACGAGGGCUGUCCGCUGUGCGCCACCGCGGCGACCGCCGAAGAAGGUUCGACAAAAGCUUCCAAGAAAUCAUUGACCGAUGAGCCGAUAUACGUGCAAAACACACGAAUCAACAGACCAAGGGUCAAGACUAACGGACACUUUUCGCCCUACGUCCAAUCGAGACAAGGUUCACAGGAACUCAGUCAUUCACCUAGUAGGCUUCCCAGACCCAACAGGAACUUAGACGAAGUCAUGACUCAGAGCUGUCCAACUCCCCCGCAGAGCAGAAGAAAAUUUUUUCUCAGCCCGAAAACCAUACGAAACCAAUGGUCCAUGCGCAGUGGAUCCAGGUCGCCCUCGGACAACGCACUCUCCGUAAUGUCAGCGUCGACAUCAACAGUAACUUCUACGGAUCAGCGGCGAUGGUCUUCAGUGGUGUUGGGCAAGAUUAGAUCUCUGUGGUCGUUGAGAGACGAUGAAGGUGGAAACGUGAAACCGCGAGGAUCGUUGAACCAGAGGAGUUGCAACUCGGACACUCUGUAUACAAGACUGGGAUUGCUGUUGUCGAGAGACAGCAAUUCCAGAUCAUUUACGGAGGACGUGUCAUUGUCGAACAUCAACUCUAAGCCGGUGUCGAGCAAUGGGAGCCCCGUGUCCACGCUCACGGGGUCCUCAGAGACCGAACACAAAGCGAUCAAAGAACAAUCAUCCGACAGCAUCGGAUCCCUGAUGUCCAUGUCCGGACAGAGCAACGGUUCGUGUAGCCCUCUGACCAGAAGACAUUCUGUCACAACAUUACAAGCGGGCUCUGUAGACGAUUUACGUUCGUUUAGAACGAGGCGGCAGCCGACCAGGAGGUCCGCUAGAUCCGGUACGAUUAAGGGACCCAUCGAUCCCAAAGUGCGAUUCGCCCAGUACAGAACAUCCCCGCAACAACAACAACAGCUCCAGCUUCAGCAGCAGCAACAACAACAACUCCUCGUGCUGAAACCGCUGUUCUUCGAAGUGCCCCAACAAGAGUCAGACCCCUUGUUCCUUGGCCGUGAGUGGCUGGUCCAGGACAUUAGCAGAGGAAUGCUGCACGCCCAGUCCGGUGUCGCGGUGACCGGGCUGCCGGGCACGGGCAAGACGGCGUUCGUCCUGCAACUUGUCGAGCACAGCUGUUUCGGCCGCCUGAAAUCGAAUGUAUCCGAUGUGAGUGCGUCUCAGUCCUCGAUCGUUUCUGAGGACGUCAAGUCCCUAGCCUCGCGCGUGGUCGCUUACCACUUCUGUCAAGCCGACAACAACAGCACGUGCCUCAUACCCGAAUUUGUACACUCGCUGGCGGCCCAGCUGUGCCAAGCACCCCAGCUGAACAUGUACCGACAACACGUGCUGACAGAACUCAACCUUCAGGAUUCGCUGUCGAUGCGUGAGUGCAUCGUAGAUCCCGAUGCCGCAUUCACGAGAGGUGUCCUGGAACCGUUGAGCGCACUCAGUCGAUUGGCCAACACGAUCGGCACUGGUGGUCUAGUGAUCGUCAUCGAUGGAUUGUGCGAAGCCGAAUACCACCGGCCCGAUCACGGAGACACGAUCGCUUCGUUUUUAGUGAAGCACAUGCCGAAGUUUCCGGCUUGGCUCAAAGUCAUCGCCACAUUGAGAACCAACCUGGAAGACGCGUUACCACCGUUGCCGCUGACAAAAAUUUGUGUGGACGUAAUCUCUGCAAAUAAAGAAAAUGUGAUAAAAGACAUGAUGGACUACAUCAGUUUCCGAGUUACCAACAGCGCCAGUAUUCAGAACAAUUUGAUAGCCGGCACAACGGGACAGUUAAAGUUCUGCCAACAUUUGCAAGCCGCCAGUGACGGGUCGUUUCUGUUCGCCAAACUCACCUUAGACCUGAUCGAGAGGGGUCAUCUGGUGGCCAAGUCCCAAAGCUUCAAGGUGUUGCCGGUCACGUUGGCUCAGAUAUAUCAGCUCCAUUUCAACCUGAGGUUCCCGACGACUAGCUCGUUCGAAAAGGUCGCCGACAUUUUGAGCGUAUGUCUCGCUGCGCUCUACCCGUUGACGAUUUUGGAAAUUUACUAUUCGGUUAACUCUCUGAACGUCGACGAAUUCGUUUCGUGGGAAGCGUUCUUGCAGAGGUUCAAGUUGAUCUCGGGACUGCUCAUAAAACGACUAGACAACACUUAUAUGUUCUUCCACCCGUCGUUUAGAGAAUGGCUUAUGAGACGCGAAGACAGCGAGUCGAAGAAGUUCGUGUGCGAUUUAAGAAACGGACAUUCGGGAAUCGCCUUACGGUUUUCGAGACUCCAGGCGCCGCUGGACAGCGAAAAGACUCUGGAACUGGGCCAUCACAUCUUAAAAGCCCAUCUGUACAAGAACGUGACACUGCGACCUUUGGACGGCGCGUCGUCCAGGGACCUGCAGGCCAACUGGUUGGCGUCCGUGUCGAGUAGCGUGUCGUCCGCCCUGUGCUCCAUGCGCAACACUUACGCGCCGAACGUCAAAGUGUCGAGGCUGCUGUUGCUCGCGGGCGCGUCGCCGGACGUCCGGACGGACAUGCUGGGACGGGCGCCGGCCAUUUGCGUUUACGCUCACGAGGGCGUCUACGACAUGGUGGCGGUGCUGUUGGAGUUCGGUGCCUCCGUGAACGUGUCCAACAGCCAAGGCCGGACGCCGCUGUGGAUGGCCGCAAGCCGAGGUCACAUCGAUGUAGUCAAACUGCUGAUCGAGGCGGGCGCAUCGCCCGGGCUCACAGAUUCGGCUGGCAGGUGCCCGCUAGUAGAAGCCGCAAAAAAUGGCCGUUUCAACGUAGUGGCAUUCCUGUCGGGCUGUGAGUGGACCGUGACCGACCCGAGAGCGGAAGUCGACCACGCGGACGCCUCGCAGCAGGCCCUGGUCCAAGCAUCUGGAUGCGGGGUGGACGACGUCGUCGAAUACCUGCUGGACGUGGCCGAGGUCACCGUGGACGGGCAGGACAGCCUGUCAGGAGAGACGGCACUGACUCUAGCAUCGUCCAACGGUCACAAGUCUACCGUGGUUCUGUUGAUUGACCGUGGCGCCCAGGUGUCGUCCGCUAACGUGAAGUCUAUGAACGCCCUGGCACUGGCUGCUCGCGACGGCCAAUGGGAAGUAGUCGAGACGCUAUUGCACAGUGGCACCCACGUCGAUAUCGUCGACUCUGAACAAAGGACAUCAUUAAUGAUGGCCGCGUCCGAAGACCAUUCUGGUAUCGUUGAACUUCUCCUCGACAGUGGUGCUGAUUUGAGUGCUGAAGAUCGCCAGGGACAGACUUCAUUGAGUUGGGCUUGUCUGAAAGGACGGGUAGCUAUUGCCCAAUAUCUACUAGAUCGUGGAGCACCCAUCGAUCAUGCAGAUAAGUCAGGAAAGACUGCUCUUGAUUUGGCAACUUUAAAUGGAAAUCCGGCCUUAGUACAGCUUUUAUUAGAAAGAGGUGCAUUGAUUGAACAUGUCGACCUUUAUGGAAUGCGUCCUUUAGACAGAGCAAUCAGUUGUAGAAAUGUACCAGUAGUGCAAAACUUUUUGAGACGAGGUGCUAAGCUUGGCCCGACAACGUGGAAUAUGGCAUCAGGAAAACCAGAUAUAAUGUUGGUUUUGCUCAACAAGCUUUUGGAAGAUGGAAACACAUUGUACAGAAAAGGAAGAUUAAAGGAGGCUGCCUAUAGAUACACGUACGCUCUGAACAAAUUUCCACCAGAAAAUGAACUAGACUCGACGUUUAAACAACUUCAGAUUAACUUCUAUCUGAACACUUCACGUUGCAAAAGGAAGUUGAACGAAGUCCACGAGUCUGUUGAGUUUGCAGAAAAAGUAUUGAAGCUGAAAUCAACAUCGUUUGAAGCGUAUUAUGCCAGGGCCAAAGCUCUGAAAGACCUGAGGAGAUAUGAUGAUGCGUUAACAGACAUCCAAGAAGCUGUGAGACUGGUACCGUCUGGAAAUUCAGACAUUAGACAUGUUCUGUUCAGACUCAAGGAUGACAUACAAAGCAAAUUGACUUUGGACCAUACUGCGCUCAAUCAAGAGAUCGCCGGACCUUCCUACCUCUGAAUUGAUGACAAUGUUCCUAACGACAACGUAGAUAAUUUUUCCUAAUGAUUCGUUUUUUUUUUUUAGACAACUUUAUGUGGUUUUCCAUAAUUAUAUUAAAAGCGUUAUUUAGAAACGAAUCGUCAUGUACGUACUUAAUGAUAGGUUAACUAGUUAAUCAAAAAAAUUUAAAAAAAUUAAAUUAUAUUAAAUUAUAUUAAAUUAAAUUAAAUAUUCAAACACACAUUGAUAGUGUGUACAAAGAUAACUUGGCGUUUAUGACAACAAUUAUUAUUAUUAUAAUAUUGUUUUUAAAACUAAAAAUGAUAUUAUGCAUUUCACAAUUGUUUUUUUUUAUUAAUACACAAUUUAUUGACAUUGUUCCUGUUUUUUUUUUUUUUUUUGUUAAUUUACUAAUUUAUGUAAUGUGAUGUUUAUUUCAAUUCGAAAUAUCGUGAUUAUAGAAAGACGGAAGAGUUUUGACUAAUCAAUGAAAUUUACGUGCAAUCAUGUUACUAAUUUUAUUUAUAUAGCUUGUUUUUUUGGUUUUAUGGAGAUAGUUUUAUUUCUAUUUUAUACCAUUAUAAAAGUACCUAUUUAGUUUAGCUAGAUGUUAUUUUUUGUCACAGUUUUUUUUUUCUUAAUAGAAUUUAAUUUCUUUUACAUGAAUAUAAUAAUUUAUACAAUUUAUUAUAUAUAUAAGCAUAUUUAUAUAUAUUUUUUUUAAUAUGGUAAUAAAUUAAAAUAAUACAAUUGUUAGUUAAAAAUUAAAAGCUAUUAAAUUUUUGUUUUCAAAUAUUUUUAUGUUUGUUAUUAUUUUUCUAUAUUCUUAUAAUAAAAUACUAAACAGUUGGUAUUUUACAUGUAGUUUAUGUUUAUAUGCAUAUAAUAUUUGCUUGAACAAAAAAAUAUGUAAUAAUAAUAAUUUAUUGUUACUACCUUUAAAUAUAAUAGGUAAUGUAAUUUUGAUCUUAAAAGAAUACGAGCUUAACAUAUUAAUUAUCUCUGUCCUUAAUCCAUCCCAUACACACCAUAGUAAGCCCUAUAAAUACAUUUUUUUUUUUUUAAGGCGCCCAGUGCCGAUACCAUUUUGUUCUCAAAAAUACACUCUGUGGGAAUAAUUAUACCGCCUUGUAGAAUCAACCAAAUUUCAUAACUUUUUUUUUAAUUGCUGGAGGGAAAUAUUCUACAGCCCGCAUCGAUCUCUGCUUUUCAAUAUUUUAUUCUCAAACUUUAUAAUAUGUCUAAAUAUAUACAAGAUAAAAAGCAUUUUUUAACACAAUUAUUUGAAAUAAAAUACAAUUUCAGAGAUUGAUGCGGGCUGUAGGAAGUCUUCUUCUUUCAGAUAAAAAGAUAGUCAUCAAAAUCCGACGACUCUACAAAGCUUGAGAGAUAUUCCUGUAAAGUCAUUUUUUUUGAUAUAAUACACCCUAUCAACCUCCCCAAAAUAGGUAUCGGGUAGUAGAUUAGUGGAAAAGUCUUAUAAUUGAGGUGGCAACUAAAAUAUAAAAUUUAAUUUUCAAAUUUUAUAGAAUUGUGGAUAAUUUGAAAAACUGGCACCGGGACCCUAAGUAAAACUUCUUUACGGACGGUAUCAAAAUAGAUGGGUGGUACCUUUACGCUCGGGCAACAGUUUUUUAGUUAUGUGACUAGUUGCAUUUUUUGUAUAGACUCGAACAAUGAUGACUUGAUGCCCUAUGAAUAAACGUUCUUGAAUAAACUAUAUAUUUCUAUUAGUUUUUUCUGUUUAAGAUUCUGGGUAUUUUAGUUUCUACUUUGUAAUGUGUGUUCCUACUAUUUAAUUUCUUCUACAUUUUUUUUUUGGUUCCUGAAAUCGCAUUUGCCUGCAGGCGCCGACACCUCUAUUCAAUUUUUUUUUUAUGAUUUUAACAUAAGCCGAUUUUUUUAAUUAUUGAUAACCUGGUGCCAUACGAAUAAUCCAUCUUUAAUGAACUAAUUUUUUUUUCUUUUUAAGAUUCUGGGCAUUUUAGUUUGUAUUUUGUAAUAUGUAUUCCUACAGUAACAUUUUUUCCACAUUUAUUUUGGUUUUCUAAAAUGCAUUUGCCUUCGGGCGCCAACACCCUCCUUCAAUUUUUUUUUUAGUAAUUUUACUCCAGUUGAAUUUUUCGUAUAUACUUGAACAUUGAUAACUUAGUGCCCUAUGAAUAAUCCUUCUUUCAUGAACUGAAUAUUUCUUUAAGUUUUUCCUGUUUAAGAUUCUGGACGUUUUAGUUUGUACUUUGUAAUGUGUAUUCCUAAAAUACAAUUUUUUCGACAUUUUUUUUUGGUUUUCUAAAACGCAUAUGCCUGAGGGCGCCAACACCUCCCUUCAAAUUGUUUUUAUGAUUUUAACUCUAGCCGAAUUUUUUAAACAUUGAUAACCUGGUGCCAUACGAAUAAUCCUUUUUUAACGAACUAAAUAUUUUGAAUAGUUUUUUCUGAGAUUCUGGACAUUAAAUUUUGAAGUUUGUAAUGUGUAUUCACACAAUAUAAUUAAUUUCAAAUUUUUUUUUUAAUCAUGUUUAAAGACUUAUUUAUAAUUAUAAGAAAACUUUAUUUUUAAAUUUUAGAAUUAAUACUAUCAUAGUUUUCAUAUUUAUCUUAUUUAUAGUUAGAUCGUAAUUUAAGAUUUAUAAAUAUAUGACUAAUUUGUUGUAAUUUAUUGUUAUACCUACUAUUGCAGCAGUUUUUUGUUCAUGCGAAAUAAGAAACUCUUAUUAAGUAAGAAGAAAUAAAUUAUAGUAUAAUAUAAGAUGUAACCGUAGGCAUAUAAAACAAUUAAAAAAUGUUGUGUUUAUGUCUAUGGAUUAACGAAAUUAAUAAUAAUAUCAUUAGUGACCAAAAUAAAUGUAUUAAGAGACGCGUGA